UGUUCGACGAUGGUGUAUUUGUAUUACUGCAUUCCCUGAAAAUUAAUCUAAAUAUAUAAAUAAGGGUCCUAAUUUUGAAAAAAAAAGCUUUGAUAAAUAUGGCUACGUUAAUUCAAUCUUACGAGCAACAGUAUUCAGUGCUUACUGCGGACAUAACAUCUAAAAUCGGACGACUGAAGUUAGGCCACGAAGAUAAUCGCGAUCAGCUGACACGGGAAAUUCAAGCUAAUUUCGAGGAAGCUAAUGAUCUUCUUGAGCAGCUGGAGCUAGAGUCUCGCGGCAGCGCCGGUUCGCGUGUCGCCGCGUAUCGGGCAGAGCUACAGCGAGUGCGCGAUGAGUACCGCUCCGUCACCAACAAUGCUGGAGGGUACACCGACGCCGAGGAAAACUUCGACGACUGGUCGUCAAACGACCAGCAACAGAAACUCCUGGACAACACAGAGCGGCUAGAACGGACAGGGAAGACCCUCACCGAGGGCUACAGGGUUGUCUUAGAGACAGAGCAGAUUGGAGCCGCUGUGCUCCAAGACUUGAGUCUGCAAAGGGAGACUAUUGAGCGGUCUAGAGGAAGGCUCCGUGAUACUGACGAGCAGCUAAACCGCUCCUCGCGCCUGAUGAACUCCAUGAUCAUGCGGGCGCUGCAAGACCGCUUCGUGCUGGUCAUGGUCUUCCUCGUACUUGGUGUGUUGAUGUGUAUCAGCCUUUACUUCUACGUCACGUAG